AUAGCUUGUGUGCAAAGCCACUCGAUAUGUGAUUAUCGGGACCCGCGACAAAACCGCAUCAAGUUUGUAAUGCAGCAUCCUUCGAAGACUGUUCCCGAGACGCCGAGUGACAAUGCAGGCGACGAGGAGCGUAUUUCUACCACAUUGCAACCACAGGCUGACCUGACGACUGUUCCCGUUAGACCUGCGGACUCUCGGUCUGUCAGAAUCCCCUUCUUCCGAUGGUUUGGCAAGACCGGGAUCGCCCCAGGCUAUAAGAAGAUGUUGUUCGAUGUCACGCGCCCUUCAGCGCCGAGCCCACAGACGCCCGAUGCGCAUCAACUGUCUGGCAGAUUUGACGCCGUCAUUGCAAAUGCGGCUAAGCAGGAAUCGCCAUCUCUCUUCGAAGAAGACGGCAUCACUCCAGCUUCGCGGGUACUUUACCCUUUCCUAAAUACCUUCUUUGAUCACUACGGUUGUCAUUUUCCAUUCUAUCAUCGCAAUGCUUUUACCAAGCUGGUCAGAUCUGGCAAAGUCUCUGCCCUGGUCCUGAAUAGUAUUUGUGGACUCUCUGCACGAUUUAGCCCAUUGGCCGAAUUUCAAACCUAUCCGCCCUACAUGAGAGGCGACACUUUUGCACAAAAGGCCAAGAUACUACUCGUUCCUCUACUCAACCUCCCGAGUUAUGAUGUGGUUGCUAGUAUUUUAAUGCUGGUAUGGCUGGAGCUAGCCAAUAACCACGACGUGGGAGUUUGGAUGUAUAUGGGUAUGGCUUGUCGUAUGGCCAUGGACCUAGGAAUGCACAAGGCCGCCAUCUCUGGGCCCGAUAAACUGGAAUCCGAAGAGUAUUGGACAGUCUCGAGAACGUGGUUCAGUGUGCAUCAUCUGGACCACAUCAUCUCAUUCGCGACAGGUCGACCACUCAGUAUCGACCGAAAGUAUAUUGAUGUGCCAUGGCCGCGAAUUGACGCCGACGUAGAAUACCCUUCCCCAUUUCCGAGCAUGGUGGUCAUCAUGCAGACUUUGGGCUUGGUCCAUGACGAGCUCAACAAUGCCGAACAGCUUGAUACCCUCAGGGCAGAGACUAGGGACAAACUCCUUCGUUUCAAUGAUGAGCUCAUCAACUAUUACGCCAAUCUUCCGCGAGCGCUUUUAUUCGACAUCAACAAUUUCCAGUCAUACCUAGCAAGGGGAGAGAGUGGUACUUUUAUCAUGCUACAUUUGUGGUUUCACACGAUAGUAAUCCUGCUUCACCGACCGGGCUUGCGGUAUGGACAAGAAGCACAAGCCAAGAACAUUUGCCUGACUGCCGAAAGUCGAGGGAUCGCGCUCUCGUCCGCGAGGACCAUGAGCUCGAUCCUCAGCUUGGUCGAAGUCGUGGACGCAAAGACUCUCGUUUCGAGCCCGUUUAUCGACCAGGCCGUCGAAGUGGCCGGCUUGGUCUUCAUUUCCGAGUCGUCCGCUGCAACGCUGAACUCGCUGAGGAGAAUGACAAAUCGAUCCAACUACGAAGUAUGUCUGAGGACGCUGCACAGACUCAUCACCUACUGGAAGGGAGUCAGCUGGGUCACUACGACCAUGGAGCAACAGGCCGAAGGCAUGAAGGAAACCGACCCUGCCGAAGGUAGCGUCGACCCGCACAGUCUCAUCGAGCUACAAGACACGAAGAUGAUACAGAAGCUUUUUGACAAGAUGCAAUAUUCGAUGUCGGGGCGGACGGUCAAUAAGUCUCAAAAGUCUAUUGGGAUCGGUUUUAGUGGUCUCACUAAUGACUCGGGUCAUGGUAGUGUCAUGAUUUUGCAACCGACCAGUCCCGUCACUACCACUGAUGAUGAUGCCGCGCGAUCGCACAGUACUGGCGUCUUGGUGCAUCUAACCGAAGAUCGCGAGACCGCCACUGUUUUGCCAGAGCAACACUUUAUAUCCGAAUCCGCUCUUUUGGAUGGCGAACCUUGGGACGCCUGGAUCGAUGAUACAUUCUGGGACGAUCUCGAUCUCACAUUUGAGGCGAUUCAGAACCCGAUGGUAAUGCCAAGUGACCCUACUUGAACCGGAAUCGGGUCAUGCAAGUCGUUUCCAAGGCACUCAAGUCCCUGAAUGAACCGGAAGCAUUUCAAAACGGCUCUUUGUCAUGCACACAACCUGUAUCGUUUCGGCCUUGUGUGUAUCGCCAAACCCAAACGCGCCAACCGCCUGCGCCUUCUCAUCACUUCAGUGAAAGGUGCUCAGUUUUGGCAGCUACUAUGCAAAAGUCCCGUGAGGCACUUUGCAGACCGCAAAGCCCCCGAUCUGCAAAACACCUGCUCCGAUAUAAAUGUCGUUGUAUGGAUCUCCGGCAGCCGCCGUUUGGAAACUGAUGACGGAACCGUCGUUGAAGUAAGCAAGUUCGGGGACGUAAUUCGUCGACUUGCGGAGUCUCAAUGCAGCAGCCGGAACCAACAAGUCUUUACCCAGACCUUCAACGUUUGCAAGGUACUUUGGCAAAUCCUCCAAGGUCGGGAAAACUGGGAUCAACAAACAAUCAGUCAGUCCGUAAAAGAGGAGAGAGUACGAACACAUUUUCACAAAGGGAG